AUUCAUUAAACAUCCUUCCACGUUAACGCCGGUAAUCGAACAGGAGAAAAUAUUGAAUUGACAGUUUGUGCAGCAAUAAUAUUUUGUGAAUCUUCAGAUUGAAAAUGCCGCGCAAGGUGAAAAAUAAAGCAAAAAGUGAAGUUUAUAUCAAGUCGGAGAUAGUUUGUUGUGAAAUACCAGAACAUCUUGCUGCCACCAUGUUGUCCGACAUGGAGGCUCUGCCAACUGUCAAACUGGGGGAUUACCUCCUGGAAUUGGAGUUGACAGACCUCAAACCUGAAGUCGUGGAAAUUGCCAGGAAAGAACUCAGAGAAACGCCGGACGUCAAGAAAAAAGCCACAGUAGAACUUAGGGACCUUUUAAAAGAGGAGAAAGACUUACAUGUACCUCUGGAUAAUGAUAUAUGGUUAGUUCGUUUUUUAAGGCCCUGCAAAUUCUACCCAGAAAGUGCAAGAGAUAUGAUCAAAAGGUACUACUCUUUCAAAUUGAAACAUGCAGAUAUGUAUGAUGGUCUCAUGCCAAGUAGAGAAAGGAACAUCUUCCAACAAAAUAUCUUGACGGUACAACCGAACAGGGAUCAACUCGGCAGAAGAAUUUUAAUCAUAGAAUUAGGAAAAAAAUGGAAAACAAGUGAAGUUUGCCUCGACGAGGUAUUCAAAGGCUGUGUUCUCUUCCUGGAAGCCGCCAUGUUGGAACCGGAAACCCAAGUUUGCGGGGCUGUCGUCAUUUUCGACAUGGACGGUCUCUCUCUGCAUCAAACCACAAAAUUCACGCCUUCAUUUGCCAAGAGGAUAGUAGACUGGUUACAGGACAGCGUCCCGCUCCGCAUCAAGAACAUCCAUAUCGUCAACCAGCCGUACAUCUUCAAGAUAGUGUUCGCCCUGUUCAAGCCGUUCCUGCGCGAGAAGCUGCGCAACCGCAUCCUCUUCCACGGCACCGAUCGCAAAUCGCUGCACCAGCACAUGGACCCCAAGUGUCUGCCCGAGUGCUACGGCGGUACCCUCGAUUUGCCCAGGAUAGACGGGCCUCAAUGGCUGGAACUGUUGGAGAUGUGCGACAGAGAAUAUGUCGCUAUCAAUUCUUAUGGUUACAACAAGAAAGUCGAUCUUUGAUGAAGCGUCCAUAUCGAGUUUGGAAAUGAGCCAUUCCUAUGUAAUUUUAGUUUUUUAGUAACUGGAUAUUGGUAUUUUUAUGUAUAUUAGUUUAAUAGUAUUGUUGAAGAUUUAUUUAUUUUUUGUAAUUGUUACGUUUCAUGGUACUGUAGUCAAAUCGAUUCAGUUGAACUCCAAAAAAAAGAUAUUCUUGUAUUUUAAAUGUGAUGAUAUUUCUCUAUUGUUGAUACAUUUUAUUCAACUGGUCUAUCAGAUUUAUGGUACCUGAGACACAUUUUUGUGAUACCACCGCAUCAUCACUAAUACAUAUUUUUACAUAUAGGAAAAUUUGUAUUGAAAAUAUGAAAGUACUUAUAGAUUGUCAAAUAAAUUUAUUAGAUAUUUGUUUU